AUGGAUCAACAUCAGAAUCAGCCUCAAGAUGGAGAGGGCAUUGGCCAAGGAGCUGCCAACCUUAGGCCACAACACCCACAUCGCCAAGCUAGAGCUAUUGGCACCCAUGAUGAGCCCAAUAUCCAUGGGCAUAGAGCUGGAAUCAGAGCACCAGCUAUGGAAAACAACAACUUUGAGAUCAAGUCAAGCUUGAUAAACAUGAUCCAGAGCAACAAAUACCAUUGUCUUGCCUUGGAGGAUCCACUAGACCACUUGGAUAACUUUGAUAAGCUGUGUGGAACAACAAAGAUCAAUGGUGUCUCUGAAGAUGCAUUCAAGCUAAGGUUGCUUCCAUUCUCUUUGGGAGACAAAGCUCACACAUGGGAGAAGAGCCUUUCAAGAGACUCAAUCACCACAUGGGAUGAAUGCAAGAAAGCUUUCCUCAACAAGUUCUUCUCUACUUCAAGAACUGCUAAACUAAGGAAUCAAAUCUUUGGAUUUCAUCAAAGGAAUCUUGAAGGCUUUGGAGAAGCAUGGGAAAGGUUCAACAGCUACAUCUCUCAAUGUCCUCAUCGUGGCUUCAACAUGGAGAGUUUGCUUAGUACUUUCUACAGAGGUGCUUUGCCCAAGUUUAGAAGCCAGCUUGAUACUGCUAGCAAUAGUUUCUUCUUGGGGAGAAGUGAAGCAGAUGCUUUGGAGCUUGUAGAGAAUAUGGCUAAGAGUGAUUCAGUCCACAGUGAUGAGCAUGAUAGAAGCAACAUAGGCAGUGGAGGUGAUAAUACGCACACCAAGAGAGAGUUAAAGGCUCAACAAGACAAGAUGGAUAUGCUUCUCUUGGAUAGAGCUAAACAAGAGAAGGUGAACUUUGUUGGUGAGCAGAAACAAGAAGGGAUUCCUGUGCUUAAUGAAGUUGAUGGUCUAGAAGGUCAAGAAGAGCUUUGUUUUAACCUUCACACCAAAGUUGAUGGAAGCUACAAUGACCUCAACAACAAUUUCCUACAAUUCUCCUCUCACUUCAAGGCUUUGGAGAAUCAGUUUGCCUCUAUGCCUUCAACCUCCAAGAGCUCAAUGGGAUCUCUACCAGGAAAAUCAGAGCAUAAUCCCAAAGAGUAUUGCAAUGUUAUCCUCUCUACUACUUCUGAGAUUGAGUUGAGUGAUCAUGAGAAAGAGGAAGUUGAACACAAGAUUGUGGAAAGGGUUGAGAUACAAACUGUAAAGAAGGUUGAGGGAAAGGUUUUGCAACCAGUUAGACACAAGACUGAGAAACCGGUUAUUGGGAAAGCUGUCACGCAAUUGAAGGAGGUUCAGCUAGAAGAAGCUCAUGUGGUUGAGCAAUCACCUUAUGACAAGCUCCCAUUUUCACAAAGGUUCCUCACUAAAGCUCAAAAGAAAGUGAUCUCCAAGUUCAGAAAAGACAUUGGAGAUGUAGGAGUCAAGCUUCCACAGAUAUCAAAUAUGCAUGAUGCUCAUGUCCAAAUGAUGCUCAUCAAGGACAUUCUAUCUCACAAAGAAGAAGUAGGAGAGCUCCUAAACAUCUCUACUAUGCAGCUUGAUCCACCAGUCACACUAAAGUUUAUUCCAAAACUAGAAACCCAAGUGAAAUUCACCUUGUCUUGCUCCCUUGGUAAGUUUAUACUUGAUGAUGCUCUUGUUGAUUCUGGUGCAAGUGUGAAUGUGAUAUCAAUGGAGAUCACAUCUUCACUCAUGUUUGGAGACUCUUCUUCAACAACUCCAUUAGGCUUAAUCAAAGACUACCCUAUGAAGAUUGGAGACUGCAUCAUCCCUAUUGAUCUCACUGUUUUGAAGAUGGCAACUGAGAAAAGAGUCUCAUUGAUCCUUGGCACACCAUUUCUCACAACAGUAGGAGCUUGCAUUGACUUUUCCAACAAGAAGGUCACACUUCUCAAUGUGAACAAAGUUGUCUCCUACCCAAUCAAGUCUCCAAUGAUGAAUUUUGAGUAUUGUGGAGAACCUUCCCUUGAAAAGAUCAAGGAUGAAAUGGUCGUUGGUAGAAAAGAAUGUCUUGAUGGAGAGUCCUCUAAAGAGAUGUGUGAUGAGCACAUGAAAAGUGCUACAAAGGAAAAGGUGAGUAGAGCCACAAAGGCUGCUCAUGGCAAGAAGAAGAUGAUGAAAGAACCUCACCCUCCACCUCUUGAUAUGAUGCCACACACUCUCACUCUUCACCCAAUGAAGUUCAAGGAUGGAGCUAUUGAAUACAAGAUCAAAUGCAAGGGAAAGUCUACACCAUUCUCAAGUGCAAAGGCCAUCAUCCCUCCACAGCUCCAAGAUGAUCCAAUUAAGCUUCAAGAGUUUCUCUCUCAAGUCCUCACCAUCACUCUUGAGAGUGGGAAAGAUCCCCCUUCUCCACUCUCCGCUUGA